GUUUUAAUUUGGUUAACGAGCCUUUGUCCUGCCACACCCUAAUUAGGGGAUUAGACCUUUCCAAGCCGCUGUUGUCCAAACUCCAGCUGGGAUGCUGAGGAUGAGGGUCUGACACCCAAUUAACACAAUUACCACCCUGCCCCGGGCCUGGCCUCAUUAAGGAAUUACUGUGGGGAGAGGUUAAACACAUGGAGGAUGCCAUCCCCACCCUGGGGGACACCAUGGGGACACCCCGGAGGGGACAUUCCCCCAUCCCAGGCUGUGCUGUCCUGGGUGGGGGGCACAGCCCCCGAGAGCCCCCCUGGCAUGACCCAGAUCCCUGGGGGGCUCCAUCUGGAGCAGAUGGGAAUGGCCAGGAUUUACCCAAACCCCACAGCUGGAACCUGCUGGAAGUGACAGAACUGGGGCAGAGCCAGGGGAGGAGGGGGCACAGCACCCCCAGAGCAGCAGGACCCACCCCGGGGGUCUUCCCCUCCUCCCAUGGGGUCUCUCUGGGCACAGCACCCCCAGAGCAGCAGGACCCACCCCGGGGGUCUUCCCCUCCUCCCAUGGGGUCUCUCUGGGCACAAGCUGCCCUGCCAGCGUUUGGAUGGAGGCUCACAAAAGCCAGAAGAAUUUCAGAAUGGUCUGGGCUGCAAAAGGACAUCAGUUCCAAGCCCCUUCCACAGGCAGGGACCCCUUCCACCAUCCCAGGCUGCUCCAAGCCACGUCCAGCCUGGCCUUGGAUGCUUGCAGGGAUCCAGGGACAAGCUCAGGCUCCCCAAAACCACCCCAAAAAUCUCUGCUGAGCUCUGUGUGGGGCCCAGAGCUGCUGCCUGUGUUUGCUGGUGCAGAGGAAGCGCUCCAGAAAAAUCAAUAUUUCAUUAAUUAGAGCCGUGCACUUUUGCAGAGGGGCUGCAUUCAUAUUUAUGAGGGGGGAAAAAUGAUGUGGGAAAAUGAUGUAGAAAAACGAUGUCGACAUCUCUGCUGCUCCUGGAGCCCGGAAUUAGUGUCCCCAUCCAGCAAUGAUUGUCCCCAUCCAGCAAUGAUUGUCCCCACAGCUCUGAGCCUCCAGACCCAGGAUGCUCCCACAAGGAAAAAUUGAUCCUCUGCAUCCCAGGAAUUCUGUGACACAACCACGGAGCAGCUUCACCAAGAGGAUCCUCAGGGAAGCAGGGAGAGAGGCCUGGGAAGAACCCAGCAGCUGUGGGGGGGCGAGACUGGAGCUGCAGGAUCCUCUCCAAGGAAUGUCCACCCCAUCCCAGCUUUUUUCCAGGCUGUGAAAGCAUCUUUGUGGCAGAAAUAACCCCAGGGAAAACCACCCACUGCUCCAAGCCCUCCAACGCCUCUGGUUCACAGUCACGUCCUAAAAAUGUUUCUCAUUUCCCUCCUUCUUUCCCAAAAAAAACCAUUUCUUAUUUCCCUCCUUCUUUCUCAGAAAAACAUUUCUCAUUUCCCUCCUUUUUUCUCAAAAAAUCUCCCUCCUUCUUUCCCAAAAACCCCAUUCUCAUUUCCCUCCUUCUUUCCUAUUUACUCUGGGUUCAGCAUCACAAAGAUCCAAUUCAUUCCCGUGGGCACAGAUGUUUUCCAAGGAGCUUUAUCCUCCUCUCCAAGGACUUUGUGUUCCAGCAGUUCCCUCCACAGCUCCAUCCCCAGCCCUGAGCAUCUUUCCUGCGGGGAUCCAUGCGGGAAUCAGCCCUGGCAGGGCGGGAAUUUUGAACUCACGGCUCAGGAAGGCUCAGACAUCUGCUGUGCACAUCCCUCACAGGCUGAUUUUAGCAGGGUGUGAAUCCACAGUCUGGAAUACCCAGAGCCCAAAUUCCAGGCAGCUGAGUCGCUCCAGAUUUCCCAGGAGAGGGAAACCUGCUCGUGUUUGGGUGCAUCUGCUCUGUUCCACCUCGGAUCCGGCAUCAGCGGUGCUGUGACAGUGCCAGGACACAUCCCAUCCCUCUGGGAGCUGCCAGGUGCCUCCUGCAACUCCAGGGCUGGCUCCUUCCUCGAGCUGGUGGCAUCCAGAUGUCCCUUGUGGUCACACAGGCUGUCCACACCGUCCCCAGGAGGCAGAUCCAGGCAGGGAGCAGAUGGAGGCCGGGCUGGAGCAGGCUCAGAGGGAUCCAGGCUGGUCCAGGACAGGGCUCCAGGAGGGGACAUCCCUGUGUGGUGUCACCUGGCUGUGCUCUGGGUGCAGCCAGGACGCAGGAGCUGCGCAAUCCAGGGUGUUCCUGCUUUCCUCACAGGGAUAAAUCCAUCUGGAAACUCCUCAAGUUCCUUCUGGCAGCUCCCACCUCUGCACCUGCAGCCCCCAGAGCUGCUCCCUCCGAGCUGUCCCUGGCACAGGGUGAAGGCUUUGAUCCCAGGGUGACAGGGACUGUCACAGGAAUGCAAAUGUUCCCUGAACGUGGGAAGCAGCUCCCAGCUCAGCUCUGGGAUGCUGGGACACAGCUCCAGAGCUCCCUGGGAGAUCCAGAGGUUCAGGAGGAAUCCCGGUGUCUGAGCUCCCAGCAGGACGGGAUCUCGCUCCUUGUGGGGGAAUUGGUGACUCCAGGGGCUUCACACCUUCCCCCAUGAAACCCCCUCGCCCCAAAACACCAAAUUCCAGAGGAUUUCUCUGUAAAUGAGUGCUCCUGGGAAGGGCACAGCAAGAGGAUGCAGCUCCUCAUCACCUCCUGCUCCGAACCCUGGGGUGUCCCAAGGGAUGGGGAUGGUCCCCAGCAGCUCCCAGGUGCAGGAUCCUGUCUGAGGGGCACUGACACGACCCCAGACACCUCUGAAACUGCAUCUGUGACCAGAGGGACACUGUCACCUCCUGCCAGACCUGCCAGGGGACAGCCAGGAGCUGCUGGUGACACCCGCCCAGGGUUCAGCAGAGACACAGCCAGCAAUUAGCAUCCAUCAGCAGCUCCAGGGAGGCUGAUUCCAAGUGCUCUGGGACCACAGGAUGCUCCUCUCCUCCUUCUCCUCCUCCAGCCCUGGCUGGACGCUCCCAGAGCCGACAUUCCCAGUGUGUCUCUGGCUCCAUCCUCGCUGGGCAGGGCUGGGAAGCAGCUUCUCCUCUCCUCCUCCUCCUCCUCUUCCUCCCUAAUCCCCACAGCCUGAGCCCCCCACGCAGCCCUCCCAGCCCCCCCCAGGCCCAGAGGAGAGCUGGGAUGGGAUCAGGGAGCUGGAGAACCCCCUGGAUGGCUCCACUCAGCUCCAUUUGAACAUUGACACCAGGCUGGUGCCCUCUUCACUGAGGAAAAGGCAGUGGCACCCUCAGGAAACCCCAGGACAGCAGGAUCACCUCCUUCCAAGGCCAUCCCACGGCUCAGAGCAUCUCCUGCCACCCCACCAAGGCUCAGAGCUGCAGCAGAAGAGCCAAGACCCAGCUGCUCACACCCCGAGUGCUGGGAGGAAAACCCUCCCCGUUCUGGGCCACCACAAAUCCCCCAAACACCCUGACAGCCUUUCCUGGUGUCACAGCUCCCUGGGGGCACCCAAAAGGAGAGAAUUCCCCCAAGAGCCUGGGGCACAGGGCAGGGUGACCCCUGUGCCAGCAGCCUCCCCCAGUGUGACAGCCAACAGCUGAGAACUCCUUUUUUUUGAGUGGGUUUUUUAGCUCCUACCCUAAGGCCAAUCUCCAACAUGACUGUUGCCAAGGGAACGAGCUCCGUGCUUUGACAGUUCUGUUUUAAGGAUCUCCCUGCCCAGCGAGGUGUCUCAGCCCAGUUGGAUGCCCUGGCACGAGGUUUGGUGGCUCUGCAGCCACCCCAGCACAGAGCCGUGUCCCGAGGAAUUGUCACUCCCCACUGCCCGAGGAUUAACCACACCGUGUUGUGUAAGAGGAUAUUUAUAACAGAACUGAGGGAUGGGGAAGCCCUGGCAGCUCUGCUCCUCUCCUGGGGGACAGCACAACCAACGCCUCCUCCUGACCUCCCGAAAAUAGAAUCAUGGAAUAGCCAGAGAGGGAAGGAACACACAAGGAUCCUGGAGUCCAACUCCUGGCCCUGCACAGGACACCCCAACAAUCCCAGCCUCUGCCUGGGAGCCUUGUCCAAAGGCUCCUGGAGCUCCAGCAGCCUUGGGAAUGUGGUAAUUCCCCUGAUAGCCAACCUAAACCCACCCUAACACAGCUCCAGCCAUUCCAUCAGGUCCUGGGGCACUGGAGAUUCCCCACAUCCCAACGGAUUCCCAGGAAUGUGCUCCACAUCAGCUGUGGCCCAGCGGCUCAGGUGGAGACCAGGCUGGGCAGGGGGUGCCAGGCCAGACUGGCACGGCUGUGCCCAGGAGAACAAGCCCAGCACCACAAGCAGAGCCCACCAAGCUCCCAGCUGGCACCGCCACCAAAACCACCUCGGACACGUGUCCAUAUCCUGCCCCACUCCCUCCCUGUCCUCUCCUGCAGGGAUGGGCACGAGACACCCUGGAUUGGCAUAAAAGGAGGUUAGGAACCAAGGCAGGGAAAACAAACAGGAGCAGCUCUGCCGCAGCUCCCUCCAUCUGGCUGCGCGGCCGCCGUGCCAGCGCCAGGGUGACUCCCCAGAUGUAGCCGCCUCCGAUUCCUCCGGCGAUUCCAACACCCCUGGAGAGGCGAGAACGUCAGGCAGAGGGAGAAGAGGCAGCAUCUUGCAGGCAGGAGACCUCCCAGGCAGGGAAUCCUGGGCAAACGGGGCGCUUUUCCCUCUCCAGAGGAGGAUGGGUACCCAGAGCUCGGGAUGCUCAGCUCACGCUCCGGCAGCAUCGCCCCGUUCCAUUGGGAUUUCUCCUCCCGGGCCACCACGCUCCCAGCAAACAGCACAGGCCGUGCCAAACCCCACGGCAUUGUCAGGACAGCGGCACAAUCCCGGUGCCAGCGCAUCCCUCACCGUCUGGGCAUGCGGCGGGCACCUCCGCAGAGCCUGAUCCCAGGCUUUGUCCUAAAAUCCGGCCUUGCCUGUUGAGCCUAACGCGUUGUGCCAGACAGCUGAGCGGAGGAUUCCGUGCUCUCCAGCCGGCUGCCUGCACAGGGAUGCACUGCUCCCUCCCCUCUCCUCCGGCUGAGUGCUGAUCCCAGCCCUGGAACAGCUCGUUUCCCCCAGGCAGCUGAUCCGAGUCAUCCGAAAUCAGGCCAAGCAGGUAGUGAGUGAUGCAGAGAGGUUGCCCUCCCUCCCUUUCGUGCCUCACCAGGGCUGUCACCACUUCCUCGGCUCCGGAGCCAAGGGCUGGUGCUGGCACAGGCACUGGGAGCAUAUGGCAAGCCCUAAUGGCACUGGGAACGGGGCUCUCGCACACGUUCCUCGGGGAAAAGCACCACGGAAAGCGGCAAUCAAAGGUUUCUGUUGCUCCAGACAACGCCGGGCUCCCACCACCCCACGGUGCCCCUGGGCUCUCCCUGCUCCAGCCUCCCACAUUCCAGUGCUGCCGUCUCCCUGCAGGGCAGCAGGACCUGCAGAUAUUCCCUGCUCCGAGGCUGGGGAUGGCAAAAGCCCUGUGGGAGCCCAGCUGGAAGCUCAGAGCAUCUCCCCAGCACAGAGGGAGCUCUGCUGGCCUGGCCAAGCAGACACCUCCAGCAGCUCCAGAGAGUCAAAGCCACCCUGCAGGACAGGGACAGUGCCCUCGACCUGCCUCUCUGCAAAGCCCUCAUCUCAGCAGGCUCAGGACACCUCCCGAUGUCCUCCAGUGCCCCAGGGAAAAAAACAGCCCCUAAAGUCAUCUGGCUUCAGCCCGUGGUGGCCUCCCAUGGAAUUGUCCAAACAAAAGGGUUACACAACUGCCGAGUGGAAUAACCCUGCAGAGAGAGAAUGAUCCUCACACAAGGACAACCACGCACCAGCCCAAACACCCGAAUGUGCCGACAGCAGCACAACGCCAGCCAAGAGAGCACAGACAGGGCCCUCUUGUGCAGGACCAGUGCUCCCAGUGCCUGGGAGGCUUCCAGGGGUUCCUCCAGACCCUGCCAUGGCUGUAGUGGAGCCAUCUGCCACACUGGAGGAAUGUUCUCCAAGGAAGAGAGUCCAUCCUGCCCCAGGACGGGUGCCAGGGAGGAGAUGUCCCCUGAGCCACGCUGGGAUGGCUCAGGGGCUCCAGGAUGAGGCAGCAACCAUGAAGAUGCAACAACUUCUUUCUGAGCAUCUCCCAGACAUCCAUCUCCUCUGCUCCUUAAAGGGUUUUUUGGGCUCUUCUUGUCCAGCUGUGCUGGACCCUGGCACUGGUGGCCAGGGCUGGGCCACAGCAGAGGCCAGUCCAGGAGGAAAUCUUGCAGUGUCAUCAUCCAGGCUUCGUCCUGUCCCAGGACAGCCCCGGGUCACGGCCACCUCCCCUCCUGGGAGCGCUCCCCGGGAUGCUCAGCCAUCCCCAUCCCCACGCUGAGGCUGCCAGGAGGUCCCCACGUCGUGGGGCUGAGGAUCACCCACACCCAAGUGACUCUUUUGGGUGCCCGUGGGAGGACCGUGGCCAAAACCAGAACAAAUCCCGGGAUUCGUGAAUGGGAACACAGCCACCAGCCCCCAGAGCCUGUGACAGCAACAGAGAUGGGUGCGGGGGAGCCGUGGGGGCUGCGGGCUCAGCCAUUGUCCCCACCGUGCCACGCUCCCACCCGCGCAGCCCUCGGGACCCUCCAUCCUGUUCCCAAACCCCCCUCCCUGCUCCUGACGGGCCGCAGGGAUGUGGAUGGAGAGCGGAACCACCGUCAGCACCCCCAGACCACAACACAGCGAGGCCAGCCCAGCCCCUGGGUCCUCCCCACCCAAACAAGCGCAGCAGCAUCGAUUCUGUCACGACAGACGAUUCCCGACACGGCAAACGGAGCCGCCAGCAGCCAGACAGGGACGGCGGCUCCGAGCCACCGCCGGUCACCCCGCGGGGACCGCAGCCCCACGGCGUCGGGGGACACGGCGCUGCCACCGGCGAGCCCCGACAGGAAUCACACCCGCUCCGCACCUGUCGCGACUGUCGCCGAGGGUGAACCCCCUUUGUCUGGCGAGCCGGGGCUCCGCCGCGCCCCGCGGCCGCCGGAUGCCCCGCACAUCCCGGCGGGACGGGGAGCGGCCGCCGCUGCCGAGCCCCCCGCCCAUCCCGGGGAGGCGGCUCCCACCGGAGGGACCGGGAGGGACCGGGGAGCCGCCCCAGCCACGGCGGGGAUGUCACGGCCGCUCCCCCGGGGACUCCGCCCGCCCCUCGGCGGUGUCUGUCCCCGCUCCGCGUGUCACCGCCGGGCCCCGGCACCCUCGCGGCGGGGCGGCCGUGCCGCACCGGGGACCCUCCAUCCGCCGCACCGGGGACCCUCCAUCCGCCCCCCCCUCUCCGCGGGCAGCGCCGGGAGGGGCCGAGCGCCGCCGCCGCCGCCCGCCGGGGCCUGUCUGGAACCUUCCGCCGCCCCGGCCCCGGCCCCGCCCCGGGCGGUCCGCGGCCACCGGGGGACACGACGGGCAGCACCGGCGCCGCCGUGAC